CUAAUGCGCAUGCGCGGUGCAAAUCUGGUCACGAUAUAGACUUGGUAGUCUGGCAAGUCACUACUACUACCUGCGUUCAGAGGGCGAAGUUUUAAUUUGUUUGUUUUGUUUUUUUUAAAUUAUAUUAAAGGAGGAAAUAUCACAGGCCGGGUGAGCGAUGAGGCGCUGUCUCCUGCUGCUCCCUGCGCUCCUCCUGCUGCUGGCUCUGCCGGACACCAGGGGGCGCUACAACGACGACUUCGACGACGGCGAGGACCUGGCCGAGUUCGACGACAACGACUUCGCCGAGUUUGAGGACGUCGCAGAGGAGCCGGCCGUCGUGACGGAGAAUGAGCCUCCGACAAGACUGGCGCCUUCGUCCGUGCCGGAGGAGGACGACGACGACGAGGACGAAGCCACGGUGGAGAACGAAGACGGGCAAGAUGAGUUUGAGGACGGAGAUGGACAGGAUCAGGACAUGUACAGCACUUAUGACAACGAGGAGUUCGAAGGCCAAGACACGACCAGCCCAUCCAGCAAGGACACGCUCAUCUACCGAGAGGUCCCAGCACAUCUGCAGAACAGCUGGGAGAGCUACUACAUGGAGAUCCUGAUGGUGGCUGGCCUCCUGGCUUACAUCAUGAAUUACAUCAUUGGCAAGAACAAGAACAGCAGGCUGGCUCAGGCCUGGUUUAACUCGCACAGGGAGCUUCUGGAGAGCAACUUCGCCCUCGUCGGUGAUGACGGGACGAGUAAGGAGCCCACCAGCACGGGGAAGCUGAACCAGGAGAACGAGCACAUCUACAACCUGUGGUGCUCAGGACGUGUCUGCUGCGAGGGCAUGCUCAUUCAGCUCAAGUUUCUUAAAAGACAGGAUCUGCUGAAUGUGCUGGCCAGGAUGAUGAGACCUGCUUGUGAUCAAGUGCAAGUCAAAGUAACUCUGAACGACGAGGACAUGGAUACGUUUGUGUUUGCGGUGGGAAACCGGAAGGCCAUGGUGCGCAUGCAGAAGGAGCUGCAGGACCUGAGUGAGUUCUGCGGGGACAAGCCCAAGUCGGGGGCGAAGUACAACCUCCCUGACUCUCUGGCCAUCCUAUCAGAGAUGGGCGAGGUCACGGAUGGGGUGAUGGACAGCAAGAUGGUACAUUACAUCACCAACCAUGCCGACAAAAUAGAGUCCAUCCAUUUCUCGGACCAAUUUUCUGGUCCAAAAGUUAUGCAAGAGGAGGGUCAGCCUUUAAAGCUCCCCGAGACCAAGAAAACGCUGCUGUUUACAUUUAACGUGCCUGGAAUGGGUAACACUUCUCCCAAAGAUAUGGACAGCCUGCUGCCACUCAUGAACAUGGUGAUCUACAGCAUCGACAAAGUCAAGAAGUUACGCCUCAACAGAGAGGGGAAGAUGAAAUCAGAACGGAACCGCGCCCGCGUCGAGGAGAACUUCCUGAAGCAGACUCACGCUCAGAGGCAGGAAGCUGCGCAGACGCGUCGGGAGGAGAAGAAGAGAGCAGAGAAAGAGAGGAUCAUGAAUGAGGAGGACCCUGAGAGACAGCGCCGCCUAGAGGAGGCUGCUCAGCGUCGAGAGCAAAAGAAACUGGAGAAGAAGCAGAUGAAGAUGAAGCAAAUUAAAGUGAAAGCCAUGUAAAAACUACACACACACACACGGCUUCCAUAGCUGCUGGCAUUUGAGAAUGUAUCCACUGCUUACAUUGAUUGCUGAUAUCCAGACUUGUACCUGUGCGACAGCUGUUCACUAUCAGGUCGUGUUUUAUUUAAAGAAAUUGUUUCGAAUUUGAUUCCCUGCAGCUCCGCCGCUGUCCGGUCGUAACCGAGGGAGUCACCGGGUUAUUAAUGAAUUAAUUAGUGUGUGAAUGUUUCCAGUCGGUGAAAUGUUUAGUCCUGGGGUUGUCACUCUUUCUUUCUUUCCCGUAAAGGGCUGGUGUAGACGCACGUGAAAGCUGCACCUCACUCCAAAUUUAGUUGAAAGUGAAGUCCUAUGUAGCUCCUGAUUUGGUUGGAAUAAAAACUAUGGAGUAUGAAUUUGGGUUUUGCGCUUUGCGGAAAAGCCAUCUAAAAUCCGAAACUGAAUUCCACACUCGGAGUUUGCGAUUUAACGUUGAAAAUUCUAAAUAUUCUGCAUAUAAUAAAUAAUCACUAAAAACCAUUUGUUCCGUCUAUUAAUUCACGUUUUUAGAUUCGCUUUCAACGUAACGUUCUAGGUAACGUCCAGGGAAAAGCAUAUGAAUCAUACGUCAUAUAUAUUUAUUGACUUUCAAGCGUUUAAUCACACACCCUUAAAGGGAACCCUGAUUAUGAAGACUCGUAUGGCUUAUUAGAUUAACCCUGACAUCCGCUAUAUAAAUCCGAUCUACAGAAACACUCGAUGUCAGUUUAAAAAAAAAAAAAGAAUUCAAAAAAAUCAUUGCACUCGUAGGCUGCCAUUGCUGUUUACGUCGCAAUGCAUUCUGGGUAGUGACGUGAAAAGGUUGCAACUGUCUUGAUUCUCCAGCGUCCCUACGGCGAUUAUAAACACGUCUUCGGCCUUUUCAAUUUGAACCCGAGGGUAACAUAAGCGAGGAGGCUAAUUUAGAAGACGUUAUUCAUAAUGUACGUCAUAAUGAAGACGAUCAGAGAGGUGUGGGUGCGAGAGUGGGGCAAAAUGCAUGGUGUCUGUGUGGCAAGUGCACGUCUAUGCCAACAGAGAGCGUUUGUUGUGGAUGAAACCAUUGUUUUAUGAUGAAACGUAUUCUAAUCUCAAUAAUUGUAGAGAUUAUCGGCCAUCUAGCUGCAAGCGUGCCGUCUCCAUGUUAUGAGCAGAUCUAUGCUGUUUACACAGCUUCUGUGCGUACGAAGGUACUCAUAUCUUUGGAAAGUUAAGAUUCUUGUGAGUCGAUUGAUAUAAACCGUUUUGAGAUACAAUCACAACAGCAGCUACAAUCAAUGUUUCUGUCAGACCACCAACAUACAAACAAACAAUUACGAAACUGAGGCGACUCAUCUCCUAUGAAGCCUCAUAGUAAUCCACUAAUCCAUAACAUCUGGACAAAUAGUCAUGUUACACUGGCAAAGGUCCAAACAAUCCAAUUAUGUAAAAAUAUUUAGUCCACCUUUCAAAAGAGACCAAAACCAUGCAUGUACUCCAGACAGUUCAAGAACAGCUUUAAUUUUACUUUGGGGAUGCCUUGGCUCGGCGAUUUAGGCUAAUUUUACAGGAGCUUUACUUUGAGAAUAUACAGGAAAACGCACUAACAAGAUGCUUACAGGUUUGAUUUUUAUAUAUAUAUAUAUAUAUAUAUAUAUAUAUAUAUAUAUAUAAAAUAUAAGUAGCUAUAAUUCUUUUGAGUGCUCAAGUGCAACCAGUUUACAUCAUUGAAUUAUUGCACGUCACGUAAUGGCGGCCUCCGUAGGUUAAAAUAUGUAAUAAAUAUUAAGGAUUUUUAAAAUAAUGAACAUUUUCAUGUGUUUCUAACAAUGUAUUUUUAUUUAUUUAUUUAUCCUUUAUUUAUCCAGGAAGAUCCCAUUGAGAUAUCACAAUCUCUUCUUCCAGGGAGACCUGGUCAAGACGGCAGCACGUAGAUUUUAGUAGGAGAGGGCAAUUAUAGUGUGUUAUGGCCUACAAGUCUUCAUAGUCGGGGUUCCUUUUAAGUGUGAAGUUCAGCUUGAGAUUUUCGAUUGCUGCGUUACAAACGACCGAAUUCAUUUUCAGUUCAAAAUUCACUUUCCGAUGGUGUGAUACAACUUCGAAAAUUCGCACGUUCAGAUUGCGUUUGAAUCAAAAAUUUCUAAUUGCGUGAUUAUGACUCUGUAAAUAAAACCUGCAACAACAAAAAAAAAA